AUGUAAGUUGUGUGUCCAGGUCCUGUUUAUGUCCGGGAGGGAGAAAUGGCAGUGCUGCAGUGCCCGCUGCGGACCACCAGGGCAGGGCACAGGGAGGGGAACCUGACCCUGGCAUGGCGCAACCACUCUGGGCCUGGGGAGCUGCAGGAGCCUGUGGUGUGGAGGUCUGAAGACACUCUCGUCAUCUUGAGGGUCUCCCCCAACGAACAGGGGUCCUACUCCUGCUCACUGCUCAAUGCCAGUGGCCAGCCCCUGAGGACAGCGUGGUUUAACAUCACAGUGUUCUCUGGCCAGUGCUACACAGACAUGGAUGUGUAUCUAUCAACUUGCUAUCUGGGAGAGUCCUGCAGAAAGUAUACAUGCACGUCGGACCACAGCAUCCCACAAAACUUCACCAAACUGAAAUAUACGUGGUACAAGAACUGUGACACAGAGUUACCCUCUGACUUUGGCGAUGGAUACCUGGAAAGUGCUACUGAGAGUGACAGUGGUUACUAUACCUGCACUUCAUACUAUACAUACAACUCAAACCUCCAUGAUGGACAGGUGUUUACCUUGUCCAAAACCAUGGAGCGGACAAUUAAACAAGGAAGUUCCCAUUUAAAGCCAAAGAUCAUUAGCCCUCAGGAUGGGGAGUUUAUUGAAGUACAUAUGGGAUCCACUGUGGUGGUGGUCUGCAGGGCUGUCCUGUCCUCUGAUUUUGACUCCUUCCACUGGAUGGAAAACAUAUAUUUUGUGGAGGAGAACAUGGAGGCCCUACCAGUGUUUUACAAUACUUCACAGUGAGCAUGUACAGUCACUACAGAAACGACCUGGGUUCAAAUACUAUUUAAAAUCUUUCAAAUACUUUGAGCGCUUCCUUCAGCCUGCCUGGAGCACUUUUGUGACUAUUCUAUUGGUUCCGUUGUGCAAGGAAAGCCCAAUCAAGCCCAGAUAAAGGAUGUGAAAUAUGCAUUUACAGCAAACGGCAUAGUCGCUGAACAGUAGACAAGUAUACUAUCAUGAGAUUGAUUGAUCAGUUGAUAUGAUGACAUCAGCUUUUUUUUCCUU